UAUUAUAGAAGGAGAGCAUUGGUUGGGGUUGGGAUUAGGCUCGUGCUGUGGGUUGGAGUGGAUUACGCGGCGUCGCGCGCGCAGAGAGGGAGAGAGGCGGAAAUGUGCCGCCGCGCUUUAUCGCCCGACGAGCUUCUCGGUCCGCUCCUCCGCCAACUGAUCGCGACACUUGAGGCGCACCCUGACUCUUUCCGCCUGCGCUAAAAUCACAGCCCGCAUCAAGGUGUCCUCUCCGGCUGCAUGGAAACAUGGCCGACGUUCCCCAGAUCGUCAAAAUCGGGAUUUCCCUGAAGAUGCUUCCGAACAACAGCGCGGUGUUCUUCAAGUCGGACGGAGCUCGGUUCGGACAGACGCGGACCAUCAAGCUGCUCACCGGCUCCAAGUACAAGAUCGAAGUGGUGGUGAAGCCGGGAGCGGUCCAGGCCACCUCCAUGAGUGUGGGUGGAGUGACCUUUCCCUUGGAGCAACAAUCCAAAGACCCCCAGUCUGUGGUUUACACCGGUCAGUAUGAUACUGAGGGGGUGGCACACACAAAGAGUGGCGAAAGGCAGCCAGUUCAAAUCAAUAUACAGUUCACAGAGGCGGGAUCUUUUGAAACCGUGUGGCAGGUGAAAUUCUACAACUACAACAAGAGGGACCACUGCCAGUGGGGCAACAGCUUUAACAGCAUUGAGUACGAAUGCAAACCCAACGACACGCGCACGCUCAUGUGGAUCAACAAAGAGAUGUUCGUCUGACGGCCAGAGGCGGCGUAAAAGACGUGGGUGUGUGCGUUAACGAGUCCUCCCUCCUUCAACCUUCUGUCAGUGUCAGAAAAUGUGAAGCUCUUUGCAACCAAAACAGACCCAUACUCUUGCUAUUUUAUGUAAAAGACUACAUAAACUUCACUGGAAAGUUGUUUUUUUUUUCAUUUACACUCUGGUAUUCUGUCCCUCAAAUGUGGAAAAAAUACAUUUUUGUGUAACAGUACUGUGUAGUUGUGUAAGAUUACCUGGGUUUACGAUGAGUGUGAUGAGUCUGUGUUUUACAGAUGGUGCUACCGAUGUGGUUAUGUGGAUAUGUAUGUAUUUUUAAGCUACAUGCAGUACUGAGAAAAGUCUUGAGCUGUCUCUUAUUUCUUGAGAUUUAUUUAAUUUGUUUAAGUUACUUAGCGCUGAGUAAUGAUAUUUGGUCACAAAGUCUCCAUUGAUUCAGUGUUGUUCAUACAACAGGAAACUUAAAGAACCAUUCAUAAGCUUAGUUCAAUCUAAGAUACCAAAGACAACACAGUUAGUCACAUACAGGAGAAAUAAUCUAGUAUUUAAGCA